AUGCCACCAAAAAGAUCCACAUCCACCGCAUCAUCAUCCUCAUCAUCAUCAAAACGCGUUCGUAAACAGCAACAACAACAACAACAACAACAGCCUCCCGAAUUUAUCCGUUUAUUCCAUCUCUUCACUCAGCUAAAUACUUUUUGUGCUUUCUGCGAUGCUCGUCUUACAACUGCAAUCACCUUGGACAAGAUUCAAUCAGCUGUCAAUGGCGUUCAACUUGACGAUCUAGCUGCCAUCAACGUCAUUAUCCCUGACUUUAUCCACUUUGACCAGGGGCUCACCAUUCAAUUUGGGAAACCGAUGACCAAGAAACGAGAGUCUCCUUUAGCAACACGAGGAGGAAGGGGAGAAGGAUCCAACCAAUACAGGAGCCCACCAAGUGUCAAACCAGAAGUUGUCAAAAAGACUAUCGAUGCGCGCAACCUUCGCUUUAAACGUGCCAUUGCUAACUUUGUUUCUGAAUGCCAGGACAAGCACAUCGAUCCCGUAGCGCAUUUGAAGCAGGAGAUACCAAAGCAUAUACCACCACCAUCAUCAUCAUCCACAACAUCCACAACAACAACAACAAUCACCAUUAACAACACCCCAUCUACUACUACAUCAUCAUCACCAUCAUCCAUGAAAGAUACCAUUGAUCAGCUACAGCAACAGCCAUUUUAUCAUCAUCAAUUGGUCCAUUGCCGUGAAUUUACCGAACGGCCCUCCGUUUAUGGUGAUCCGAUUGAUCUCCCGCAUGAAAUCGAAUCAGCUUUACAUGAAAAAGGCAUCCUUCACCUCUACGUUCAUCAAACAGAAGCCAUUCGUGGUCUCCGUGAAGAUCAGCAUGUUAUUGUGGCCACAUCUACUGCUAGUGGCAAGUCAUUAAUCUACCAGAUCCCGGUGCUUGAACGAUUGAUUCAUGACAAGAAUACACGUGCCAUGUAUAUCUUUCCAACAAAGGCAUUGGCUCAAGAUCAGAUGCGCGCAUUACAGGAAUUGAUAGGAAUGUGCCCAAGUUUGGAGGAUGUACAGGUUGCCACUUUUGACGGUGAUACGCCAUCCGAACAACGUGCUUUCAUCAGAGACAACGCCAAUAUCAUUUUCACCAAUCCGGACAUGUUGCAUCAUUCGAUUCUUCCUAAUGGCAAACGAUGGAGAUCUUUUCUUUGCGCUCUUCGAUUCGUGGUUCUUGAUGAAUUACAUAUCUAUAAUGGUCUCUUUGGAGCCAAUGUGGCAUUUAUCAUGCGAAGAUUGAGACGCUGGUGUCAUCAUUACGAUAAUGACACUGCUGUGCAGUUUAUUUCAUGCAGUGCGACAAUUCGACAUGCAGACGAGCACAUGAAGUUGGUUUGUGGGAUUGAUCAGGUCAAGCUUGUGGAACAGGAUGGUGCACCAUGUGGCAAAAAGUCCUUUUUAGUGUGGAAUCCUCCUUUGGUCAAGCGUCCAGGGCAAAAUCCCAAUGAGCGUCGAGGAUCAGUAGCAGAAGGUGCACAAGUAUUGGAAUACCUGUUAUCUCGUAACGUACGCACCAUUGCCUUUUGCAAAGUACGCAAAACAUGCGAAUUGUUGAUGAUGCAAUUGCGGGACAGCUUGGAAAAACAACAACGUGGUGACCUAUUGGGAAAGGUGAUGUCUUAUCGAGGUGGGUACCUGCCAAUGGAACGUCGCCAAAUCGAGAAACGACUCUUCAAUGGUGACCUGUUGGCUGUCGUAGCCACUAAUGCCUUGGAAUUGGGAGUCGAUAUUGGGUCACUUGAUGCGGUGGUGAUGAUUGGGAUGCCAUGGACUAUUUCAGCAUUGUGGCAACAAUCAGGGAGGGCUGGGCGACGGAAUAAGGACUCGUUGUCAAUGGUUAUCACCGAUCAUAACCCCAUGGAUCAACACUUUGCUCGACACCCUGAAGAAUUAUUUGAACAGCCGCUUGAUGAUAUUCAGUUUGAUGUUGAGAAUAACAAGCUUGUGUUGGAAAGUCAUCUACAAUGCGCUGCAGAAGAAUUGCCAAUCAAUAUCGAUCAAGAUCAAGCUUUCUUUGGACCCAAUGUGCCACAAGUAUGCGAGGAACAUUUAAUGUUGAUCCACGACAAGCUAUACCGGCCCGACCCACGAUAUAGGCCAUACCCAUCUCAGCAUGUCAAUAUUCGCAAUAUUACUCAAGAGCUCUACGCUGUUAUCAAUACCACGGAUGGCAAGAAUAUUGUUUUGGAGGAAAUCGAAUCGACGCGUGCACCAUUCGAGAUCUACGAAGGAGCUGUUUAUAUCCAUCAAGGAAGAACAUACCUUGUUGAGGAAUGUAACGUCGAUCAACGAUACGCCAAAGUCCAUGCCGCACGAGUUGACUACACAACGCAACAACGUGACUUCACCAAUGCCAAUGCUAUCACUACUGUCAUGAGCAAACCAAUACAAGUCAAUGAGAAAAAGACGAGGAACAGGGUAUCUUAUGGCCGAAUACAAAUUGAGACGAUUGUAUUUGGAUAUUAUAGGAUGGAUAAGCGCAACCGCAUCAUCGAUAACCAUGACAUCUAUAUGGAUCCGAUUAUCCGACAAUCGACGGGGAUAUGGCUGGAUGUUCCACCUGUGGCUCUCAAAAAGAUGGAUGAAUUAGAGAUUGAUAGAAUGGCAUCUAUCCAUGGAGCAGCUCACGCAAUGAUAUCCCUAUUACCGAGUUUCGCAUCAUCCACUGCUGCCGAUAUCCGAACAGAAUGUAAAAGCCCACACGCCACACGUCCACGUCCCCCCAGGAUCGUACUAUACGAAUCACAGCCUAGUGGGAUUGUUCGGCAGGCAUAUCAAUUUAUUGAUGAGCUAUUGGAGAUGUGCGUUGAGCAGAUACAAAAUUGUGCCUGUGAAGAUGGUUGUCCUGCAUGUGUCCACCUUUCACAGUGCUCUGAACACAAUGAGCUUUGUUCCAAACAUGGUGCUUUAAUUGUUCUCCAAUCAUUGAAGUUAGAGGUAUAG